AUGAGAUGUCAUAAUAAAGGUCGCAAUUGCGUCUACGAAAGCGAAAAGUCCCACCCAGGACCAAUAAACGAUGAAGCCCGCUCAGCACUGGAUCCGCCAGCUGCUCUUGUGUUCCAAGGUGCCGCUGAAGUGCCCCUGAUGAAUCAGCAACCAUCAGAAAAUAAUGUCUCGGAAUUGGAUUUACAUGGCUCAUUUGAUAUACCUGACAAUACUGUUGGUUUCUCGGGAAAUGUUGGCGAGUCCUUCGCAGCAUUCGAGAUGGGACUCGAGUUACCUUGGCUUUUCCCCCACGAUGACCCUUUUUACGAUAGUCCUCUAGUCAAUCUGCAACCGCAUUUCGAUCCGACCUCAUAUUAUGGCUAUCUCCAUGCCUCCUCUAUUACACCCCCGGGAGCGACUCGGGGAACGACCCAGAAUUAUAGACAGGGUGGUUCCAACUUACAGCGCGGUCGUGAGGAUCAGUCCGAAAUGAUCUCGCCUUCGCCUCGUGGGCAGCAGCAACUGGGUCGGUCGCAAGGUGCGACACCCAGCGUGCACUCGAUCAUUAGUCCUACAGACGAUGACAUAACUAUGGCUGAGAGCUUUUGCCACGUUAGGAUGCCGCUGGAGACAGCCUAUAAUGCCAUACUUGCAUUCUACAAAGAGCAGUCUAAGGGUCGCUCUAAUAACCUUCUGUUUCCUCAGUUGUCUGUCUUUGACUCGUUUAUUCAACUCUACUAUGAAUACUUUGACAAUCAGUUGCCGUUCAUUCACCCGUCGCUGCUGGAGCAGGAGGACAUACCGUGGAUCCUUAUUCUGGCUGUUGCAUCAGUCGGUUCUCAGUACACGAAACUGACUAAACGAGCUCAAUAUUCGUCUAUGCUGACCCUUUUGAGAUUGUCUCUUCCACUUGAUGCGCUGAAAGCUCAGAGAUACGAUACGCUGAUCUUAGCACAAUGUGUUCUGCUUGCUGUCACCAAUCUCAUGUUCACAGGAUUCGACAAUGUCAUCAAUCUGCAGAUCUACCGUAGCUGGCUCGCUACAUUGAUUCGACCAUUUCUCUCCCAUAAUACAUCAAAAGCCUCAUUGUUAUCUCCUGAAGUCACGACGGCUAAAACUCAUGGCCGGUGGCAUUCAUGGCCUGCCGAAGUUGUGGAUUGCAUGUGCUUCAUCUUCAUGGGGAUGCAGCCUAGCUUCGCCGCACAAGACUAUGAGCAACUGCUUCCAUCCUCCGACGCUAUGUGGAAAUUGCGGAAUAAAGCCGAAUGGAGUAAUAAUCCAGGCUCCUGCAACGGUUUGUCUCGACGCCCCCAAGUUUUCCUAAUUGCCGAGCUGACAAAUAUCGAUUUCACUAGAGUCACCCAGUUUGAAGCAGUUGUUUUCUAUGAAAUGGGCUCUAAACAGUACUUUCUUAAAUUCAGCAGAGUUCAGUAA